CUCGACAGAAGGCAACCAGACGUUACUCCAACGUCCCAACUACAGCAACAAUAAUCAUGCUCGCUCGCACCUCACUCCGACUACCCAAGGCUGCUCGCUGCAUCAGCUCGUCCACUCCUGCUCGCGUACUACAGCAGACGCCCGCUACCUCGUCCUCGAGCAAGACGAACAUUCCACAGGUCUCGCAGGGCGAGAAGGCUUGGUGCGACAUCUACGGCGUGGACUACGAGAAGCAGAUCGCCGAGGCCCUACAAGAAUCCCCCGCUGCCGCUGAGGGAUCUGCCAAGAAAAUCAAUUACCCCACAGCUGCCUCACAGAGCAAAACCGACAUCUGGAACGUCGUGUUCGGCGAGAAGAAAUGAAGCGAUCGUCUGACGUGAGAGAAGAAUGGGAGAAGCCCAUGCGCGCAACGUGUCAAAUGCGCCGCCGUAUUUCUAUAUUAUCGACCCCUAAGCUAUCGAAGCAGUAGUAAACCAGCUCCGUAUCAAUACAAUCACUUUUCCUCCUCCUC